AUGAAAAAUGACAAGUUCAUUUUAGCCAAUGAUAACUUCAAUAGAUCAAAUCACAACUUGACUGAGAAGUUAGAGAAUGAAGUGCAGAAAGUGAAAGUGCAACAAGAACAGAGCAGAACACAGCAGCAACAGAUGAAUGCAGCAUUGGCAUUCCUACUCCAAAACUUUGAGGGACAGCUGCCAUCUGAGCUUGUACCACGGUACAAGAUGGUCGAUACAGUGGAAAUCCAGGAGCCAAUAAAACUCAGGCGCCACACUCCAAUAAAAAUAGUUAGCUUAACUGUUCUUACCAUCGUCACAAUGAGGCUCUUCUCCUUUCUCUUCUUUCUCCUUGCCCUAACCCUAAUGUCUCAUCAGGGCACUGAAUCCCAACCAAACUUCUUAAAAUUUGUCUGUAAUGGGGCUACUGAUGAUAGCAACAGUACCUUUCAGACCAAUCUCAAAAACCUUUUGAUGAAUAUCUCCACCAUGCAAAUCGACUAUGGCUUCUACAACUUCUCCUCCGGCAAUAACUCCGACAGGGUUAACGCCAUCGCACUCUGCCGAGGAGAUAUUAAGGAACCAUAUUGUCGCAGUUGUCUCGCAGAUGCAAGGAUUACUCUUCUCCAGGAUUGCCCUAACGUGAAGGAGGCGAUCGGCUGGUACGAUAACUGCCUCCUGCGGUACUCCAACCGAACCAUAUUCGGUCGCAUGGAAACAUCGCCAUAUUUCUAUUUGUGGAACACACAAGAGGCGUUGGAGAAAGACCAGUUCAUGAGCGUGGUGACGAAGAUGAUGAAUCUUUUGAGAGACAGGGCUUCUUCCGGCAACUCUGUUCGGAAGUUCGCGACGGCGAAUGCGACAGGUCCGAGCAAUCAGACGAUAUAUGGUCUGGUAGAGUGCACGCCGGACUUGUCACAGAACGUUUGCAGAGCUUGCUUGAACGGGGCUAUCUCGGAAAUCCCGAAAUGUUGUAAUGGAAUGAAAGGUGGCAGAGUGGUGCGACCCAGUUGCAAGAUUGGAUAUGAGAGUUACAUCUUCUUUGAUCCUGCAGCUGCACAACCAUUCAUAUCAUUGCAGUCGCCGCCGUCUCCUCUUCCGCCACCUGCUCCUCCGACGGCACCCAAGAAAGGAAAGAGAAACACAACAGGAAUUGUUUUUGCCAUGGUUGUGCCAACUGUUGCGUUCAUCGCACUGGUCAUCUUCAUCGUUAUCAUUAAAGCCAGGAGGCCAAAGAAGACUAUUCGAACCGGAGAAGAUGAAGAUGAAAUCAUGACCGUUGAGUCAUUGCAAAUGGACUUUGAAACCAUCAGAGAGGCAACAAAUGAUUUUUCUGAUGCAAAUAAGCUUGGACAGGGUGGAUUUGGACCUGUUUACUUGGGUAGGUUAUAUAAUGGACAACAGAUCGCUGUAAAAAGGUUGAGUAGAGAUUCUGGGCAAGGUGAAAUGGAGUUUAAGAAUGAAGUGCUGCUGGUGGCCAAGCUACAACAUCGGAAUUUAGUGAGGUUACUAGGUUUUUGUCUCGAAAAAGAAGAAAAGCUCCUUAUUUACGGGUUUGUUCCCAACAAAGGCCUUGACUGCUUCAUCUUUGAUUCCGUCAAAAGGGUGAAAUUGGAUUGGGAAAAGCGCUACAAAAUCAUAAAAGGCAUUGCCAAAGGCCUUGUAUACCUUCAUCAUGAUUCUCAAAUACGAAUUGUUCAUCGUGAUCUCAAAGCAUGCAAUGUGCUCUUAGACGAAGAGAUGAAUGCUAAAAUAUCAGACUUUGGCAUGGCAAGAUUAUUUGUGGUAGAUCAAACUCAAGCCAAGACAAGUACAAUUGUUGGGACCUAUGGAUACAUGGCACCAGAAUACGUGAUGAAUGGAACAUUUUCAACUAAAUCAGAUGUCUUUAGUUUUGGAGUAUUGGUUUUAGAAAUUAUAAGUGGGCAGAAAAACAGUGAAUUUCAGAAUGGAGAAAAUGGGGAGCACAUAGUAAGCGCGGUUUGGAAAAACUGGACAAAAGGGACAUUGGCAAAUAUUGUGGAUCCAACGUUGAUGGAGGAUGCUGGGUCGAGAAAUGAAAUAAUGAGAUGCAUCCACAUAGGGUUACUGUGUGUUCAAGAAAAUGCAGAAGACAGGCCAACAAUGGCUUUCGUUGUUCCAAUGCUGAGUACUUAUUCCAUCACUCUUCCUGUUCCUUCAGAACCUUCAUUUUAUAUCUGGAGAAGCUUACCAGGAAUCAAAUCAGACGGAUCAGUAAAUCAGCUUUCAGUUUCAGAGCAAUAUCCUCGGUAG